AUGGCUCAAGACAAGGAGAAGCCACGAGCAGUACGCACAGCCAACAUCGUUGCCGCCCGCGCAGUCGCCGACGCCAUAAGAACCUCGCUCGGCCCCCGAGGCAUGGACAAGAUGAUCCAGACGGGCAAAGGCGAGACCAUCAUCACCAACGACGGCAACACGAUGCUGCGAGACAUGAGCGUGAUGCACCCGGCCGCAAAGAUGCUCGUCGACCUCGCCAACGCGCAAGACAUCGAAGCUGGAGACGGCACCACGUCGGUGGUCGUGAUAGCGGGGAGCUUGCUCGGUGCUGCGGAGCGGUUACUGGCGAAGGGCAUACAUCCGACGGUCAUCUCGGAGUCGUUUCAGCGGGCGGCGGCAGCGGCGGUGCAGACGCUGCAUGAUAUGUCACUGCCCAUAAAUCUGGCGGACCGGGCAACACUCCUCAAGGCCGCAUCCACCUCGCUGUCCUCGAAGAUUGUCUCACAGGAGCCGAAGCUGGCGCCUAUGGCUGUGGAUUCGGUGCUGAAGGUAAUCGAUCCGAAGACCGCAGAUAAUGUGGACUUGAAGAACAUCAGAAUUCUGAAGAAGCCUGGUGGCACGAUAGAUGAGAGCGAGAUGGUCGACGGACUGGUGUUACAGCAGCAGGUCGUGAAGAGCGGAGGCGGGCCAACAAGGAUGGAGAGGGCAAAGAUAGGACUGAUACAAUUCCAACUGAGCCCGCCAAAGCCAGACAUGGAGAACCAGAUAGUCGUAAACGACUACCGCCAAAUGGACAAAAUCCUCAAAGAAGAGCGCACCUACCUCCUCAACAUGGUGAAGAAGAUCAAAAAAGCAAAAUGCAACGUCCUCUUCAUCCAAAAGUCGAUCCUGCGGGACGCCGUGAACGACCUAUCCCUCCACUUCCUCGCCAAACUCAACAUCCUCGCCGUCAAAGACAUCGAGCGCGACGAGGUCGAGUUCAUCUGCAAGUCCACCGGCUGCAAGCCCAUCGCCGACAUCGACUCCUUUACCGAAGACAAGCUCGGCUCCGCGGACCUCAUCGAGGAGGUCCAGGUCUCCGGCGCGCGCAUCGUCAAAGUGACGGGCGUCAAGGCCGCCGCGCAGACUGUUUCCAUCGUCGUGCGCGGCGCAAACCCGCUCAUCCUUGACGAGGCGGAACGCAGCUUGCACGAUGCGCACUGCGUGAUCCGCUGCCUGGUCAAGAAAAAGGCGCUCCUGGCCGGCGGUGGCGCGCCGGAGAUCGAGAUCGCGCAGGCGCUGUCGGCGCGCGCGCGCGAGCUGACGGGCACGGAGGCGAUCUGCUGGAAGGCGUUUGCGGACGCUAUGGAGGUUAUUCCGACGACGUUGGCCGAGAACGCGGGACUGAAUUCUAUCAAGGUCGUGACGGAUUUGCGGCAUAGGCAUGCGCUGGGGGAGAAGAAUGCGGGCGUCAGUAUCAAGAGUGGAGGUGUCAAGAAUAACAUCGCUGAGGAGAAUGUGCUGCAGCCGCUGCUGGUGAGUACUAGCGCUAUUGAGCUGGCGGCGGAGACGGUGAAGAUGAUACUGAGGAUCGAUGAUAUUGCGCUGAGCCGGUGA